ACAAAAAAAUUCAAUGAAAUUCGGCCCAUUUGAUCGAUUUGAUUUUGAUCCAUUAGCAAUGUCAGUUGGAACUUCCAUCAAAUUGAUUUUAUAAAAUGUAACAAUCUUCAUAAGCUGGAUUCAGCCCAAUGUGAUCAAUGUGCCUAAUACCUGUCCUAAAAUUCUUAUUUGAUUGAACAUACCGGAAUUUGUUUUAAAAUCCAUAAAGAAUCUAUGACCUCUCUCUCCUCUCUAAUUUUCCAUCAUCUCCUCUUCCCCUAUGACCAAAGUCAAAGUUCUCACAUAUAACCAACCAUGAAAUAAAUCACCCAACUGAUUGGUUUUUACAGCUCUACUGUUCAAUUACGAAGACAAAAAAUUACUGGAAAUGAACACUGGAAAAAAAUCUGAAAAAUUCCCCACCUGCGUUGCUGCCUGUCCGGCUUCUCCACAUUCAGAGCAAGAAAACAUAAUCAACAAGUAUGCUUCCAUUACUGGAAAUGGUAUAUUUUUGCAAGAUGUAUACAAAAACUGCCAAAUUGAAAAAAUGAAGAUUGACAUUUGUGACAAACGACCAACCCCUGCGAUAGUUUGGAAUAAAUCAAUGGAGGGGUACGAAAUUGGGUUUGAGUUGUUUUAUGAUGAAGAAAAAAAAAUAAAUUUACCAUGUUGGGAUUAUGAUAAAUACAUCAGAAUCAUCGAUGGAAAACCAGACAGAAAUCAAAAACUACCCCCAAAUAACAAAGAAAUACAAUCAUACAACGACAACGAUAGUUUCAGUUUUCAAGUGAAAAACAAAGAAAACGAUAACCCUAAAUUUGUAUUCUAUUUCAUAGAAGUGCUAGUAAUCACAGAGUUUAAUCUUGCACGAAACAGGAUGAUCGCAUUUACAAAAGACGCAAUAAAUGAUAAUUAUUUCGAAGAAACUCGGAAAAUUUCUCGCUGCAGAAAUUAUUACUUCGGAGGCCAAAAAGAUGAAACUCCAAUCGAUGAAAAUCUCGAAAUCCUGGGAUAUGAAGAGUAUGCGACUAAAUUCAAUGAAAAAUCCGACAAAACAGAAAAAGUCAAACACCAUCUAGAAAAAACUCAAAUAAUACCCACCCACAUGUUCCACACAUAUUGGACCAGAAUAGCUACCUGCACGUAUCUGAACACUGCAUUCAUUUGGAACACCAUUGCAAAUGAGCAAUUGAAAAAAGUCGAUUUGUUUUUAUACGCUUUUUAUCGAAUUUGGCCUUCUGAAGUUAAUAUAACUUUCGGAGUGACAGGAAUAUUGAAGGGAAUCCGUGAUAAAGUGAUGAAAGGAUUUGAAUCAGAGCAUCACCUCUUCAAACAGUAUCCAGUCCCAGAAAUAAUAUUUCGACGAGUCGAAUAUCGUUUAAAAGAUGAAAUCUAUGCAGCUGUCAUUGUGAUCCAUAACGCCGUUCAUUACAAAUUACCUCCGAAACGAAUUUGCAUCAAAAAUUUACACGGCUGGGAAGAUAUAAGUAAUAUAGGUGCUGAAAUUCCUGGAAAAACUUACGUGUGUCGUUUGACAAAAAAGAUUUAUGAGAAAUUAGGGAUCAAUGUGGCAACUUUACCAAAAAUAAAAGAUCUCAGACUGGAUCAAUUGCCUCAUGUCAAAGAUAAAAUUGGAACUGUUGGUUAUGCUGAUGUGAGUUUAAUAGUUCGUGAAGAAUUUAAACGAAUUAAGGAUCCAGAUAUGUCUGUUGAGAGCUUCAACAAUGAGGAUGUAAGUGAGAUGAUUCGUAGAAUGAAAUUGGAAGAAGCAAAUGUAAAAGAUCCAAAUGUAGCAGCUUGA